AACAUUAACUUUAGGGGUUAGUGUAGUUUCCAUGUACCGUCGGUAGGGGGCAGCAAACGCUUCUCCAUCAUGUGACGCUGAUAUGUUUCAGUCUCUGAUAAGAAACUGCUCAACCUUCAGGGCUGACCAUCAUUCCAAACAUGUCUCUUUACCGAGAUGCCAUCUGGUUUUUGAAUGGGAUCCACCACUAUACGAGGAAGGGGUAUGAGGCAGCAGCUCAAAACUUUGAGCCCAAGGACUUGGAAGUGUCUGUUGUGGGGCGAUCCUUUAUGAUUACAGGUGCCAACAGUGGAAUCGGCAAAGCAGCAGCCAUGGCCAUAGCCAAGAGAGGCGGCACGGUACACAUGCUGUGCAGAAAUAAAGAAAGAGCAGAGGAGGCCCAGUCGGACAUCAUUUCUCAGUCUGGGAACACGGAAGUGUACGUCCAUGUUGUGGACAUGUGCCAGACUCGUAAAGUGUUGGAGUUUGCUGAAGCUUUCAAAAAGCAGCAUGCAUCCCUCCAUGUCUUGAUAAACAAUGCAGGGUGCAUGGUGCACAAAAGAGAGCUCAAUUCAGAGGGCUUGGAGAAAAAUUUUGCCACCAACACUAUGGGAGUGUACAUUCUCACCCAGACCCUUGUACCACUUCUGCAGAAGAGCCGUGACCCCAGAGUGAUCACUGUGUCCUCUGGAGGCAUGCUUGUCCAGAAGCUCCGGGUAGUUGACUUGCAGUCAGAGAAGGGGCACUUUGAUGCUGUCAUGGUUUACGCACAAAACAAGAGACAGCAGGUGGUGCUGACAGAACACUGGGCUACAGCUAAUCCGGUCAUUCACUUUUCUGUCAUGCAUCCAGGAUGGGUCGAGACACCAGCUGUGUCUUCAUCAAUGCCUGAGUUUCACCGCAUGAUGCAGGGCCGGCUGCGCACUGCGGAACAAGGAGCUGACACCGUUGUGUGGUUAGCCCUGUCCAGAGCUGCUGUUAGAAAACGCAGUGGUCAGUUUUUUCAAGAUCGUAAGCCUGUUCCCACCCAUCUUCCUCUGGCUUGGACUCACAGUUCUCAUCAUGAGGUUCAGACUUUCAUAACUCAGAUGGAAACUCUGGCCCAAGCUGUUCAGUCAAAGCCUGAUGAAGAAUUUAAGGAUUCUGUGGAGCUGUGCGGACCGUAGUGUGUCUAGAUUAUGCUAUUAUAUCACUAAUUUUAAAUUUCAAAAAAGCAUUUAUGGAAUUUGCUAUGAAAAAUUCAAUUCUCAUUUUAAGUUUUGGCUUAUUUUAAUGUAAUGCCUUCAAUGACUUGCAUUAUUUAAAUCAGAUUUGAUCUCAGUUGGCCUGUUAUAACAACUGUGUUUGAUCUGAAAAUGUCAUCAGCUUCUGAUUAAAGUGUAAAUAACUGGUUUGGACUGAAAAUGUCUCUAAAAUCAGGCAGCUUGUGGAGGCUGGUAUUAACUUCUGAGUGAGUCAACCAUGCAAACAACUGUGCGAACAGUCAUGUGAAAACUUCACGAUGCGGUUGAUCUUUUCAGCGUGUCGGAGCUGAAGCAGCCAGUAAAUUGGUUGAUUGUGGAAUGAGCAGUUUCUAAAAGAGAAGCCAAACUUGUGAACACAUGUCCUAUUCAGUUUGCAGAGAUCUGCAAACUAAAUUUUAAUUUGAUGUUUUGCUCAUGUAUUCUGCAACGUUUCAGAACCAAGGUGAUUUCAAUGUGGAACAGGGAAAAAGAAAAACGUGGAAAAAAGGAUAAGUAAAGUUAUUUAAGAUAGUUAAAAUUCAAUUUUCCACGCAGAGUGGACUGCUAUGAUAACAAAAUUACUCAUUUGAAAAAGAAUCCAACCUUAAAAAUCUGAAUACAUGAAUUUAUGGAAUUAUUGCUCUACAAUUCAGUUAUAUCACAACAAAUUUGACAUCUGUCUUUACCAGGGUGACAAGCAUAAAACUAUGAACAAAGUCCUGUCAAAAUAAAGAAAUGAAUUAAAAAGAUGAAAUAAUUACAUUAGAUUAAAAAUAAUAAAUAAUCUCUUAGUGCCUUGAAAAUACAAGAUUGUGUCGGGAAGGGCCUUAGGCGUAAAAACUCUGCCAAACCACCCGUGCAAUCAGUGAAAGCUGAUUCGCUGUGGCAAUCCCUAACACGAUUAGCCGUAAGGUGAACACUGUUAAAAAUGAUAAAUAAAACAGUAAUGUCAGCACAUGAAUGUAAUAAGAUGAUAAAGAUGCAAGAAUUUAAAAAGUUUUCAGAUACGUUUUAGUAAUACCUAUUGCGUAAUGCUUUAAUGACCCUGGCAUUAAAACUGUUCCUCAGUCUG